AUUACAAGAUACAAUCCCUCUUUCUCGUAUGUAUCAGCGUCCUCAUCAUACAUCCUUGAAAAACAUCAACAACAAUGCUACGCAAUCACCCAUGGUCACAACAACAACAUUUUCACAAUUACCAUCCUCAGCCAUGCACAACCAACCUCCAUCACCAGUAGGAGCAGCAGUAACUACAAAAUCAACAUCUGUCUACGAAAAAAAAUAUCAACAUCCAUCACUCUCCGCGGAAAAAGUAGAAUGCAUUGAUGCUUGGCGUCAGUCUCUUAGUGAACUUAUGGCCUCCGAUCCUCAGUUACGACUUUCUUCUCCGCCACCGAUUGAAUCUAUUCCUGAUGAUGAUCAAAUCAGUGUGAUAAGCGAUAUGACCAGUAUUAGUCAUCGACAGCCUCAUUUACGACGACGUAUAUCGAUUGCAUCUUCUAGUAGCAAACGAUCCAUUCGUUCCAAUAAAGUCAAACCGCGUGAUCAACAAAAAGUCAGUCCUCAGUUAAAGAAGAAACGAUCAAACGAUGUGAAGAAUUGGAUUGAACCCAGAAAAAUGGAUUCCCACGGCAACAUUAUCGGUUCAUCACCUAUUGGACUUCCUCCUAUCGAUACUUAUCAAGUGGCUUAUUUUCAAGAUUGUAAAACUACGGCAAGAUCUUCAUCAUCGGGCUCUUUACAUUUGGACCAUGACGAUACUCAACAAAAAGAAGUACAAAAUAAAAAUACAACAACCGUGAUGUUGGAUCGACAUGCAAAAUACCACAACUCCACUCGUGCCAAACAAAUACAAAUUGUUGACGUCCAGCACUCACCCAUAACGCCACAACAACAGUCUAUUGAUAUCACAACAACAUCAUCAUCUUGUCGACCUCGCUCUAAUUCGUCUGCCCAGCAAAGUAAAUUCGUCUCACCCUCCGACAACUUUCCUCCAACGCGCCGAUCUUUGGAUAAUAAUAAUAAUAAUAGCAAUACAGAUUCAACCAUUCGUUCACCACCAACAUCAAUGCUUGCUGAAUCACCAUUGUAUUCAUUGGCUCAUGUUGACAGUAAAAAUCAAGAUGAAGAGGAGAUUAGUUUGGCCGAUCUCCAGCGUUCACUAAAACGGGCAAGUUUACAACAUCAUCAACAAAGAACAGUCUCUUCAUCCUCCUUACCAGCAUCUACUCAAAACCAACAAUACAAUCAUCGUCAUUCAUACACCCAUCAUCAUCCUCAACACCAACCGUAUCACUCUUCAGUGUCAGUAGCAGCACCUGCCGUCCCUCCAGUGCCAUAUAAUAACCAUCUAGGUAUGAUAUCUCGUGCUUCCAUACUUUCUGGUACCACACCACAAUAUGCUGAGCCAGAAUUGGAUCAACAAGAAGAAAAAUGGAAAAAGCAACAACGAUCUAGGUCAUGGAUGCCUUCAUGUGAACAACAGAAAAUCAUUCAGCAACGUCGAUCCUUUCAAUUAGAUACUACUCAUUGGUGAUCUCUUUACUUUAUUUUAUUAUUAUUUAUUCUUAUUAUUAUUUAUUAUCCAUGUACUUCCCCAGAUUUAUUUUUUUAUUUUUUUUUUAUUUUAUUUUUAUUUUUUUGUUUUCUAUACACUCCCUUUUUAUGAUUUUUCCUUCUUAUCAUUAAUCUAUACCCUUGUCAGUUUAUUUCAUCCAUUGUUGAUGAGUCCAUAC